CAUUUCGAACCAAUCGCGCCCACUCCAGUCCAUCCAUCCGAUGCCUCCGACUACGAUGGCUUGGACCUCCCUCUUCCUCCCCACCACCGCCGGCGCCACCGCCGCGGCCACCGGUAGCCGCCACCCCUCCUUCAGCCACCGAUCCCACUGCCGCGUUCCCAUGACGCGCCUCCGUCGCGCGCCCCGGCUCGUCGUUUCCGCUUCAGCCUCACCGGCCUCUCCCGCGUCGUCGCUCGACGCGCUCAUCUUCGACUGCGACGGCGUCAUACUGGAGUCGGAGCACCUCCACCGGCAGGCCUACAACGACGCGUUCGCGCACUUCGGGGUGCGCUGCCCGCCGGCCUCCGCCGACCCGCUGUACUGGGACGAGGCCUUCUACGACGAGCUACAGAACCGCAUCGGCGGCGGGAAGCCCAAGAUGCGAUGGUACUUUGGGGAAAAUGGGUGGCCUUCUUCAAAUAUCUUCGAGACACCACCUUCGACUGACUCCGAUAAGGAGAAGUUGGUCGACAUAAUCCAGGACUGGAAAACAGAGAGAUACAAAGAAAUAAUAAAAUCUGGAACUGUGGAGCCUAGACCUGGUGUUUUGCGGCUGAUGGAUGAAGUAAAGGGUGCGGGUAUCAAGCUUGCUGUUUGCUCUGCAGCAACUAAAAGUUCAGUGAUAAUGUGCCUUGAAAACCUUAUUGGACUUGAGCGAUUUAAGGGCCUGGACUGCUUCCUUGCAGGCGAUGAUGUUAAACUAAAGAAGCCUGAUCCAACAAUAUAUGUUACAGCAGCAGAGAAAUUAGGUGUGCAAAGCAAGAACUGCCUUGUGGUCGAGGACAGUGUUAUUGGAUUACUAGCGGCAAAAGGAGCGGGGAUGUCAUGUAUAAUAACAUAUACACCUUCAACUGCUAGCCAAGAUUUCACGGAUGCAAUUGCUACCUAUCCUGACCUUAGUGAUGUGAGGCUCGAGGACCUCAAGCUGUUACUCCAGAAAACUCUUGUUACUGGAUAGUAAAGCAUCUUGUUUUCCUCAAGAAAUACAUUGACAGAUUUUUUUCGUGCAUGAUAAACUUUGUGGUCAUUCCCUGGUGGAACAGCAGGGUGAAUCCAAGAUGACAUUGUUGUUGGAUGUAGGAACACUUGAUUAAUCAGAUAUGUCAUGUGAUACUGCAAACCUUGCCCACGUUGUUGGUUGCUGUGCAUAGGAUGAUUAAUGCAACCAGAAUUUUUUACCAUCCUUACGAACGGUCAAUAUUCAAAUGCCAAUUUUAGAAAUGCUCCUA